ACCUAAUAAACUUCAUGUAACCUACCUUACCUCCUAAAUGUCAAUCUAUGUCUUGCUAUUUUCAAAUAUUAUUUAUUAUUGACCAUCUUGUUUAACUGCUGAUAUCUGCCAUGUGUAAUCUUGAAGAAAAUUUUAAUCUGUUUAUUAAGUUAAAAUUCCAUCUGCUGUUCUGUUACAUUUUCUGUUGUUCUAUCCGUCAUGUAAUUAUUAUAAUUAUCUUUUUCUUUUUUUUUCCUUUUUUUUUUAAUUAAAUUUAUGCUUUUGAUCUCGGUAUUAAGUUUUAAUAUAAGUUUUUCCCCACACUUUGCCCAAAACGCUGUGUGUAUUAGUGGCUUGGGUAUUAGUGGGUAUGUACUAGAUCUAUCUAUUAAUUGAACCUUGUUUGUAACUAAUUUUCAAUGUAUGUAGCUUUACCUGAAUAAAUGUCUUAUCUUGCAUAUCUGUAUCACAAGGAUCCUUUCAUUAUUGGCAAUUUUUUGUGUUUAAUAUUUAUUGUUUUUUUGAGGCUUUAUGGAGACUGCUCCAUUGUAUGUAUUAACCCUUAACAUAAAACAUGACAAGCUGCCAGCUUCCUGUCUUUGUUGAGGCCACUGGAGAUAGUGGCCCUAAGGUACAGUCGUAAAUUCAGGUUAAUAUAUGCCAUUAAAACAUUGCUUUCAUUCAAUAUUGGACAGUGUAUCCAAAUUUCUAAUUCUAUGAAUAUUUUUGGGGGAAGAUUUGAAAAUUUGAGUAAUGGGCAAGUUCAAACCCAAACCUAAAGGUUCAAAUCUACAAUCACUGAAUGAUGACUCACUUGUGGACAUAAACACCUAAAAAAAAAAAAAAAAAAAAAAAAAAAAAAAAAAAAAAAAAUUGAAUCGCUUUCAGCAGUUCUUGUAUCAUGACACUAAAAUAAAGUGUCUACAAAUCAAUUAAAAAUGUUACUGCCACGUCAAACACACCAAGGUUUCCUGCAUAUUAAUAUCUGACCUUGAUGGUCGGUGAUUCCCGAGAAAAAAGUCACUGAACGUGGAUGUUUGGUUUGAAUUUCAAGACACAUUAUAAUAAGUGAGAAUAAGUUGCCAAACAAUAUGAAAGCACAAUCAAAAAGCACUGUUACACCCUACUACCAUGCUCCAUAAUAUCAAGAGGGGGGAGAGCACUGGGCAUAUGUGGGGACCUUUGACAAGAUGCUGGCUUCCUGUCCUUGUCGAGGAGGUUAGUGUUGGUGGCCAUCAGGUAAAUUCAGGUACAAGUAAAGUAAUGCUCGGUGAAGUUUGUUGGUAGGUGGAGGCUGGUGUUGGAUAGCUAAAUGAAGCCAUUGAUAAGUACUGAACAGUUAGUAGACAGUAUAUGUGGGAACUAAAAUACACUGACAAUUUGAUGAGAAUAGUGAUACAGUAGUUGUUUGCCAGAUAUGUGUCUAGCAAACUUACCACCCCAUCCUCCAGGCAGCAGGUUCUGUGACUAGGACCUAUGUUCUUGCCAAAGCUAUGCCCCAGCAAACAGGCAGAAGGGAACAGAAUGAUGGAUCACCCUUCAUAUUCUGUACUGCUCUCUACUCAUUAAUGAGACUCAUUUGAUAGUUUACAUUUUCACAGAAGAUAGAAAGGUGAAAACAUCACCUGAUCUGAAUGAAUGUUAUUGGAUAUCAUCAUAUGCUUGGAAUUACCAGAUAAAUAAAUGUACUGUACAGUAAUGACACUACCUACUAAUUGAUCAAGUAUUGCUGUAUAUAAUGCUUAUAUCUUCUCAGUUUGAUUAACUUUCCAAACUUCCUGGUAGCUGCCAAGUUAACUAUUUUCACGCAUCCUUCAUUUUGUCCUGAAGACUAUAAGUGCAGAUUUAAUGUUGACUGAUUGUACUGUACGUAUAAAAAUUGUGUACACUAGAGUUGCUGUAACUAAAGAUGUUUAAUUGCCACUUAGAAAAUUUAUGAUUUUAACAUUUCUUUCUACUUUAUUUAAUCAUGUAUAGUUCAAGUGGUAAAAAUCAGGUUUGUUAUAUUUUAAUUAGUUUAUGGGUACUGUAGUUUUAAAAGUAAUUGUAAAUGUGCAGAUAAAUAUUUGAUCUGGAAAAUGUAGAUGGGUUGUAAUAAAGGUGUAAAAUGCUUACAUUUCAGAAUUCAACUGCCAAAAUGGAAGUCAUUCAAGAGAAGAUUUAUCAGUUGCAUGACUUUUACAAGUGGACUUUAUCCAUUUCUGAUGAACGCGUUAAGGACUGGCCCCUGAUGUCAUCUCCACUGCCAACGCUGGGUCUUGUUACUGUUUACCUCACAAUGGUCAAAUUUGGGCCCAAGAUAAUGGCAUCAAGAGCUCCACUGCAACUCCGAGUCCCUCUUAUUGUUUACAACCUGGCUGUUAUGCUGCUUAAUCUCUAUAUUGGUGUGGAGCUGGCUGUGGUAUCUGUGAGACUGAGAUAUAGUUGGUUCUGUCAACCAGUUGACUACUCUUCGAAUCCUGAAGAAAUGCGAAUAGCAGCAGCUCUGUGGUGGUAUUACAUCUCCAAGCUGGUAGAGUUUACUGACACACUCUUCUUCAUCUUGCGUAAGAAGACUAAUCAGCUCACCUUCCUACACAUCUAUCACCACUCCACCAUGUUCUGCCUUUGGUGGAUAGGUGUCAAAUGGGUAGCAGGAGGCUCUUCCUUCCUAGCAGCCAUGAUGAACAGCUUUGUACAUGUGAUCAUGUAUGCCUACUAUGGUCUCUCAGCAUUUGGACCUUCCAUACAGAAAUACUUGUGGUGGAAGAAACAUAUCACCUGUAUUCAAUUAAUUCAGUUUACUAGUGCAGGAGUACUUGGAGCUCGAGCCAUUGUUGUUGGGUGUGACUUCCCACUGUGGAUGCAAUAUGCACUGGUUGUGUACAUGAGUAGCUUCAUUGUGCUCUUUGGACAGUUCUAUGUACAAGCCUACAGACUCAAGUACCAGAGAAAGCUGAAGGAGAGUAAGAGUGGAAGAGCGCAUCACAAGAGUGAGGCCAAUGGGGUAAUCGCUAAUGGUUAUAGCUCAAAGCGACACAUGGCCAAUGGAGCACCAGGUCAGGAGGGACAGGUUGAGAAGAAACACACUGGUAAAAAGUGUGAAAGAGUCACUGCAGAAGUCAAGUCACAACAUAACAAUGUGCGCACACGUGCACAAACACGCCGCGAUGGACGGUCUCGUCAAGAGUCUUAACUUGUAUGUACAGGUUUUGACAAAUUUGUUACAUUGACAUUGGUAAUGAGGCAUGUAGGUUGAUAUCCUUAAGACUCAGUCUGGGGGAAUUGUAAAAUUAACAUGUGGAUUAUUGAUAUUCUUUAAAUAUGUGAGGUACAUCAGUAUGAUGUUUGAGAUAAUAAAGGAUGAUGCUGUUCCUGUAAUUUGGCAAAUUUUUUAAAGCAUGUUAAAUAAGUAAAAUCUAAUGUUAUGUAAAUGUUUCCUGCCAUUCAAGAAACUGCAGAAAUUUAACAUCAGUUUAGUUUAAUAGACUGAACUUUUUUAUGGUUGUUUAAUAUGUAUUUAUGUUAUUUUUAAACUCUCACAUUUGGUUGUUCCUUAAGGUAAGAAUCCAUCUUCAUAGAUGGAAAUCAUAAGUCAAAGAGUACGAUAAUGGGUCACCAGCUCUGCAGGUAUCUUUUUAGCAUAAAGGUUGUCAGAUUGGGUGCUAGGGGGGCAUUAGAGAAAAGCCUAGUCCAUCCCAGAUUAUCAGAGGUGGUGUAUCCAUAAAGAUUCAAAGCCUUACAGAACCCUCACUUUGCAUUAUGGUUAGGGGUCAUGGGAGUCAGGCAUGGUAUUCUUGACAGUGAAUACUAGCUCUCUAACUCUUCUGUAAGAGCUUCUGGCACUCACAGAAGGCUUGGUGAUCUGGCUGCACUGGGAUAGUAUGUCAUUCAUUCAUUGCAUCAAGCGAAGGGUGCUCGGCUGCAUUAGUUUGUACUACACCCACCUAACACUACCAGGUCUCUGGUCUUGUGUAGGUCUACCACAAACAAGGACCAGAAUCUGGUCUGCUCAUACGGCAAGUGAUUUGGGCUGUUAACACCCGCUCCUCUUCUCCUUUGGGGGAGGGAUGCAAAGCUUCAGGGUUGCCAGAGAAGUUCUUUCUGUACAGGUUGAUAGUGUUAUCUUUUAUGUUUGAGGUUUUGCAUCACUUUGCACCACAAGGGAGCCCCAUUCCCUUAUAGGUUUUUAACCGAUUUAGUUUUCUAUUUUUGGUUAUGUUGUGUGCUCAUCUUAAUGUUCAACCAAAUGUGAUAGUUCAGAAGUAAAGCUGAGUCAAUAUGAAAAGCAUCUUUCUAAACAGCCAUUCAUUUGUUCCCAGUCCCAUCCAUUAUCUCGCUCUUAUCUGUGUACAGAUUUCCUGUUUGCUUCAGAGACACUUUGUCUGGCUCAGGCAGAUAUUGUCAGGCAUUGAUAUUGCCACUUGGUUGUGGGUUACUAGUUUGACCACAUUAAGAUAUCUCACUUGGCAGUCACGUGAUGCAAAAUGAUCAUUCUGUUGGGAUUUGAAUUUUUCUUGGAUGUGAUUCUGACAGUCAUUUUGUACUUCUCUACUGCCAUGCAUGACCCUGUAGAGCAGUAGACAUUUUUUUAGGAAACAGUAUUUGAAAGUACAGUAUGUACAAUAACAGUGCUGUAAAAUGCUGCAACAGUGCCUGAAUCAUCUAACCUGACUACAUGAAUCAAAUGUUUUAUUGACUGAAACUUACCUUAGGGAGCUACCAAGUAGCUCAGAAAGGUGCUUUAUAUAUUGACUCAAAGCCUUUUUUUUAUAAUAAAGCACAGGUAAUAAAAAUUUUUGUACACUUCCAUUGUAAGUUAACUUUUAUAGCCCGCAUGCCAUGACAGGUUAUUAAAAGUAGUAAUACAAUGUACUGUUAAGGAAUGUUGCUUGGAAGAAGAAUCUAAAAAAAUUAAUCCUAUAUAAUCUUGGAAAUUAAAGAAAUGCUGUACCGUUCUGUACUUAAAAUUGCUUUGAAGAUCUUUUGAGAACUUGCCAUUUAAAUGUGCAUCAAAUUUGUUAUAUGUUGGGGCAUUAGAUACAGUUUCCAGACUGAUUAUGUGCAUGUUAACAAGCCAAUGCUACUUCACAAUUUAAUGUUAGGAAAAGUAAGAUACAUAUCUACGUGUGCACUUGAAAGUUUGUAUUCUUGAAGAAAAUGUGUGUUUUAAACUGCAUUUUAUAAUUUAUUUAUAAUGAAAAUAUUGAGAGAGAAAAUGUUCAAGAUGUAGGUGUUAUGUUAUAAGAUGUGAACAACAAAUAAUACAUUAACACGUUCAUUUAAACACAUCAUUCAUAAAUAUAACCAUUCCAGGGGUUGUAGUUGGACCUAACUUGACAAGAGAUAUCCUCUCUAUUUAAGAGACAAUAAGUUAAUAAUGCAAAAUAAGCAAUGUUUAAGCUAGUGCACAACCACAGAUCGUGGCCAAGUGUGUAGCCAGGAAAUUGUCUUACAAGAUGAGUGUGUGUGUGGGGGGGAGUUGUGCAUCAUAAUGCAGGCCACUGGUAUGAUCAUUGACAAAUGGUGAGUUUAAAUAAUUAAUAAUCUUUAAAUAAUUAAGAGGUGACAUUUUUCUUUAUGUAAUGGGCUUUAAAAGACAGUAUUAAUGAAUACGGUGAUGUAUUACUCUGAAAGAAGACAUACUGGAGGAAUUCUGUUGAAUCCAAACCUAAGAGACUAUUGCAGGUAGAGUUGGGUGUCUGUUAUUGUCUGGUGUGUACACAUCUAGUCAUUUUUGUGUCGAGACACAUGGGCAAGAGCCAAACUUCGUGCAUCAUAAUUGUGAAUACCAAGUUGGAACCUAAGUAAAUUGUGUGAACUGGAUGUACAGUUCAUUUCAUAAAUCAGUUGAAUAUUAUUUAAAAAUUGUUUUUAUGAUACAGUACUGUUCUGUAUUUUAUAGAUGGACUAAUGUGACAUGUUAUUGAUUUUUAACCAUUUUAAUCACAUCUGUGUACAGUAUACUUGACAUGUUAAGUAUAAUUUGCUGUAUUUCAAAUCUGCCAUAUAUUAUGUAAAGUUGUGCAAAUACAGUGACUGACCUAUUAUAAUGACUGAUAGUGCUGAAGGGGUUCAAGAAAUUAAGUAGAUAUGGUAAAUCUUGGGGUGUCUUACUGGAUAAAUGACUUGGUAAACUGGUUUAAUUUGUCUAAAAAUGCACUACUUACUGUUAUAUUAAUAGUUUCUCCUAUAAUACAAGUUGGAUUAGUUGAGGAAUGAAUAUGUCUAUGUACAGUAGAAGUAACAUGCGGCUACUCCCAUUUUUAGCAAAUUGCUAUUUAAUUACAACUUCAGGUAACAUUAAAAAUAUAAGAAAUACAGAAUUUAAUAAAGACCAAUUAGUGUGUGGCCUUGUAUACAACUGUUUUGUUGUAUUGUAUAUGGUACUGAAUUUCUGUUUUUCUAUGUAGCAAACACCACACUUCUUGUUAGUCCUUGACAAUGUAUUGAGACUGUUGCAUGCUACUACCAUAUGCACGACUGCAGUGAUGCAUGACUGAAAUAAAAAUAUGAUGCAAGGGUUUGAGGGAAUAUAUUCAGACCAGUAAUAUUUACAUGGCACAGAAAAAUUACUGGUUUGUGAUGUGUGUGUACAAUGAGUAACAUAUCCAUGCCAUGCAUGGAUAAGUUACCCACUUCCAGGUAUCUUCGGGCAGCUAAGCAGUACAUUGUCUGUGUCAUUACCAACACAGAUGUCUUGAUAAAUGACUUGGGUAUAAUAGAUCAGUCACUACAAUGUAAUUAAUAAAGUUGCAGAAAAAUCUGUCUCCAAGCUUAAUGUGAAACAUGUGCUUGGAUAAUAAUUUUUGUUAAUCAUCAAUAAUGUUUAUUUGCUUAGCCAUUGAACUACAGAAUUAAGGCUCAUUUAAAAAAUUUAAAUAUAAAAUAUUUAAUAUUAUAAAUUAAUAGUGUAUACUCUGUUUGUGGUGGUGAUGUGUUCCCAAGGGACACUGUUUUAAUCAUAACCACUUAAUAUUUUGUUGUGGAUCAUCAUUUUCAUGCUAGUGCGGGCUUUAAACUGUACUGAAUCGCAUGGAAAAAAUAGUUUUACAUUCCAGUAUCAAGACAUUUAGAAAACAAGAUUACAAUAUUUUUACAGAAGCUGUAAAAUUGUAAGGUUUAUUUAAAUAAUACAUAAUACAAAUAUUCAAUAUUCAAAUUAAAAGCAUAAUUUUUUAUUGUGAAAUUAAUGCAAAUUUCAUAUGCAAGUGUGAGAGUGUGUACCGUAUUUAAGAAGAAUGCAAACCAUUUGGGUCACUCGGUAUUCUGUAGAAAGUUUUGAUCUGAUCCACAAAUUGCUUCAUUGCUGGUACAAGCAUGAAGGCAGGAGGCAUAGCACCAACUUCCUUACUCUUUUGUUUUUUAAGUGGUAGUAGAUUAGGACAGCUUAAGCACUUUCUCUAAGAGUCAAAAAAUAUUGGGGUGACUUGCCAAAUGAACUGUUAGUCUGUUUAUCACUUUAAAGUGUUGUUGAUGUAGAUGGCAUUUUUAUAUUGAAGUUCUUCCAGAAAUCAACCACGUUGUACCUCCUCUUUCCUUCAGAAUAGGAAAGGAAAUGACAACUUUGUUGGCCAGGUUAUAUGGAUUAGAAUACUUGUCCUUGGAAGGAGUGAUGGUAUACUGAUGACAGAAGACAGUUUCCACCGAAGAGGUGGCACGAGCAUGAAUAGCCCGUAAGUGGUGGCCCUUUUGAACCAUUACCAGUAUCAAUAGAUGAUACUGGAGAUCUGUGGAGUACUGUAUUUGCUAUCGGCUGCUUAUAUAAUCGGUCCACACCUCACCUCACCAUCCUCUAAAUGGUUAGGGAAAAGAUAUUAACUGUACAUUUGGGAAGAGGUAUUAAUUGUUAUUAGUGGAUUAUGUAGACUUAACAAACCCAUCUCAUUAAGCUAAUGAGAGUUUGAAGCAGGUAUAUUAUUGGUAUAAUAUACUCGCUACAUAACUUCCCCUCCCAGGGGAUGAGGAAUUGUACGCCCUGCUCGCGUAGCAUAACCUUCGAAGUUACUUCCUCCUCUUCGUUGAUGUCAUCUAACUGGGGUUGUAGGGUGAGAGGUCGCACAGGAUCGUCCGUUGUUAUAGGAUCAGGUGUUGGUGCUGCUGGUAACUGCUGUCAAAAAAUGUAUGACGUCGUUAGCGAAUGUGUUUCUGGAGGAAGGUCUGGGGCAGCGUUACAGUGUCCUGGUUUUAGGCAGUCGAUGGAGACGUUUUUCCCGCUUGCCUUGGCAUUCGAUGGUGAACUUCAGUGUUUGAGAAACCAUUUUAAAUGGUCCCUUGUAAGGUGACUAGAGGGCACCGGACAACGUCGAUUCUUACAAACACGCGUUCAGCUGUGUAGAGCUCAUGAGGCACACAUGUAGCACGUGUUGUCGGUUGGCGUGGUGGUGUUGGCUGAAUGCUUGUCAUGGCCGCCCGUAAUUUCUGAACAAAAGUGGGAUCCGGGGGUGUUAAGAGUGGCGUCGGGGGUUAAGAAUUCACCCAGAAGUGAAUUUAAAAUUAUAAAAAUAAACUUAUUUGUAUAAUGUGAAUGCACACAUUUCUGUAUAAUUCUGUAAUUUACAGAAAAUUCCAUGCUUAGAAACUUUACAGUAGUAAAUUAGAUCAAAUUAAUUAUUUAUUUUACAGCUGAAUUUUAAUUAAAAUCAAAUUUUUAAAUACUGUAUAACCAAUAAUGACAUGACACUAAGCGUCCAGUUUACAAUCGGCUAGCACAAAUGCAUUGCAGUUUUGUGAUCACUGUGCAGAAGCACUUGCAUGGUAAAUUGUAGCACAUAGUUAGAGAAUUUGCAAUAUUUUGUAUACAGCUCAGUACUAUAGUUUAGAGUGUAUACAAGAAGAUACAAUAGCCAAAAUAAGUGGCAUGAGCUAAAUAUAUAUUGACAAAAACGUUUUUGGGGAAGGAAGGUUAUACCUUUGUCAUGCUCAAUAUUUGUUACUGUAUUGUGGUCAUUUUUUGUGUUUUGCUGCUGUAUACAGAGCAUUGUAGGUUUACAAUGCAAAAACAAUUACCAAAGAAGGUGCAAGUUGACUUUGUACUGUAAUUUCUUUACUCACCUGUACUAAAGAAUUGCUUCCACUGUGUGUAAUUCCUGUAAACAGCACACUGGUGCAGCAGUGCAAUCAUUAUAGAGUAAACUGCAUUUUCCUGUAAUGUGCGCACACAUCCUUGAGUUACUUGACAUAGUGUUCAGUGCUGCUUUGGUAUGGCUUUCCUAAAUGCUCUUUCUUUUUCUUGAUGAAUUUCUCACUUGUAUCUGGUGAUUAGCUGGGAGAAUCAAGCCUUGCUAGAGGCAGCCCCAAUUUCCAUAGGGACUAUGUUCCUGCAAAAAUUGCACAAAUGAAAACUGCACAAAUCAUACUUAAAAGUUCAGUACUGCAUAUCAGAAAAAGCAGAAAUACCUUCCUCAGCACUCCUUACAUAGCCUUCAAGGUUUGGUGCCUUCUUUUGAUAAUUACUUACUUACUUCCUCAGCACUCCAUUUGUUUCUACUCUUAAUAAAAUGCUUAUUUUAACAUUAACUGCUCUCUUCACUUUCCAGCAACACCAAUUUAGCACAUAAUGAAGUCUAGAAUGCUUGGGAUGCUUAGUUAUGUAUAACUAACCCCCCAAAAUUUGCAAAACACGAUGCAGGGUGUAUUGGAGCCUGAAUGUGGUAGACCUCAAGAUUAGUGUGGACUAGUCACACUAAUUCAUUCUCAACCCACAUAACCCACAAGGUAGAGUCUUGUAGUACAGCGGUUCAUGUUCUUGAUUCACAACUGGGGGAUGCCGUAUUUGAUUCCCAGGUCAGAAGUGGUUGAGCAUGUUUCCUUCCACCUUAUGCCUCUGAACAUCUAGCCAUAAAUAGGUACCCAGGAGUUGGACAGCUAGUGUGGGUUUGCAUCCUAGGGAAAGUUGGUAAUUCACCCUAACGAGAAACUCGAUGCAGUAAGUACAGGCUUCCUGUUCCCUACAACAGGAAUUGGCUUCAAAACUCGCCUACAUGAUACCCAAAUCCACGUAAUAAUAAUAAUAAUUCAUUGUGUCGGGGGACAGGAAUCCAGAGUGUAUUCAUACACCUUUGGCUUUUAUCAAGGUUCUGCCCUCCCCCCCCCCCCCAGGUCUAAUUACUGACCCAGUCAUGGAUUCAACCCCACAACAAGCUGAUCAACUCCCGAGUACCUACUGCUAGGUGAACAGGUGCAUUAGGUGAGAGGAAAUGUGCUCAACCCAUUCCCUCCCGCCCAGGAUUCAAACCUGGAAUUCUCGAUUGUGCAUUGGGACAGAACCCAACUGUAUUACCGGGACCCAUAUUAUGAGUUCAAUAACUAAAUAUUUAUACCUUUGAAGAAAAAUCAAUAAAAUAACUUGGCAUUGUUGGUAUUGAUGACUUGCAUCACAGCAUAGGGUUGUAUUCAACUGAGAGUUGGUCUAACAACACUGAAAGCCCCCACUUUUAUCUUGCAUUGAAGCUGUUGCAUUAUUCCUUUAGCCAUUUCAUUCACAUGAUGUGAAUUCUACUGUAUGCUAAAUUUUGAAAAUUACCAUGAAGACUAAUUUUCAGUUUCUUUGCAAAAGUGUUUAUAAAUUUGGAAAUAAAUAAAGUGCUUCAUGUUCUACCUAGGAUAAACAUAUUUUUAUGUUUAAUUUCUAAUGUCACUCUCUGAGCAUGAAGUUUGGGUGUUUGAGUUAUUAGACCUAUUAGAUUUAUCAGUACUGUAUUGCAUAUCCUUUAAUUGUGACCUAUUUUCUUGGGUGUGAAAAUGCCACUAGCACUAAAAUUUGUUUUAAAUGAGUUUUAUAUAUUAAGACAUUUCUUUUAGGUUAGAUUACUGUGUUUUAUGUACAGAUAUACAAAUUCUGCCUGGAUUAAAAAAUUUGCAAUAAAACUUAAUUCCUUUGUCAUCUGUUACUGAUGUUUGCACUGUUAGCACACCUACUGUAAUCCUCCAAUCAAUGUAUGUCACAGUCUAGGCCAGUAAGAGUUAAAUUCCACCCAUGUUGAGUUGAGAGUGUACUGUAAUUAAUGCUUAUGAGGACUGAUGCUGGUGUAACUACCUAUAAUACUAGUAUAAGACUGCCACUCUGAAUAUUGAUGAGAAGCAAUCAAUGGGUUAAAAUUGUAGGCAGUGUGUGUAUAUUUUGUAGCCGAAUUUACACAACGUCGUGUGUUGUGAAUAGUGAUGCUAUUCUUAACCCAUUAUUACCGGUUUUAGCGAAAUGUGUUGUAAACUUGCAAACAAAACUCAGUUUUGUGCCAAUUAUAAUUGAGAGACAUAUGGCAUGCAUAAAAAAAAAUUGUGUAAACCUAUGGCAAAGAUUUUUUGUAUACAAAAUUAUUCUGUUAAGAUUUUAUGAACUGUUUUUACUAAAUAUUCAACUUAUGUGAAUAUGCAUGAAAGAUUUUGUAGGUUAAUUUUAUAUGUAAUCUAAUAUUUAUUUACACAAGUCUCAUCCAUUACAGAUUUUGGAAUGAAGUACAAUACUGUAUUUGUGCAAUAUGAAGAAAUAUACUGUUGCAUUCCCUUGACCAUGAGCAGGGUUCCUCAAGGAAUCAUACUGAACAUGUUUUGCUAACUUAUUUUAAUUUGUUCAUUAACAUUAAUCAUGCUUUUAAUAGUGAUAUACAGGUAUUUGUAGUUUUUAAUAUUGCCAUUAUUUAUUGAAAUAUUCUUGGAUAUUUGCAUUCUCAAAGUUUGGUUGAAUAAUUAUAUCUUUCGUAUAAUUAGAGAAUGUUAUUGUUUGGAGAAUGUUGAUUUGAAAGGUUUAUUCCUCAAUUCUAAUUAUGGCCAGUAUAAGACAGGGAUGGUGCAUCUUUUAUGAUGAGUAUUAGCGUUUUGAGAUGGGGCAUUAUUUGUUUAGUUCUCAGGGUUGACAGGAAGACUAACAAAGGGAAAACCAUAGUGAGACUUGAGUGAUGCCAACCCUUAUAUCAAGGGAAGACAACAUGCCAGAGAGAGACCAGCAGCAGCUGGCAGCUCAUGACUUAGCAAGACAAAACAUGGGAGGUUCAUAGUCUGCACAAUGUGUAGUUUACCAAAGUACGUUGGUCUUACUGUUGUGUUAAUAUUUAAAUUAGGUCCUUUCAUAUUAUUAUUUAUAGACUUGCAUAUUUUAUACCUCUUCAUUGAAUUGUGCCAGUAUUUAUUUAUAUUUUAAGUAAGUUAAGCUUCUUGCAAGUUUUGUAUCAAAUAUGUGAACUUCUUUCUAACAGACCAUUUAUAUUCUUUAAAUUUGUAAGGAAAGAUAUUCUUUCUAAAACCCAUAUACAGUAAUUGUGAGAUUGUAACAUAGACUGCCAUGAUAAUUUCCCAAUUACCAGUAUUGUAGUACUGUAAUAGUUGACCUCUCACUUAAAAAUGUCAAGUUUCCUUAAUAUUUAACAGAACCAGUUACACUAGUCAUAAGAUAGCAAGUCUCGUUACUCUAGCUGUGAGAGAGCAAGUCUCGUUACUCUAGCUGUGAGAGAGCAAGUCUCGUUACUCUAGCUGUGAGAGAGCAAGUCUCGUUACUCUAGCUGUGAGAGAGCAAGUCUCGUUACUCUAGCUGUGAGAGAGCAAGUCUCGUUACUCUAGCUGUGAGAGAGCAAGUCUCGUUACUCUAGCUGUGAGAGAGCAAUCCUCGUUACAGCAGAGGUAAGGGAACAAUCCUCGUUAUAGCAGAGGUAAGGGAACAAUCCUCGUUACAGCAGCGGUAAGGGAACAAUCCUCGUUACAGCAGCGGUAAGGGAACAAUCCUCGUUACAGCAGCGGUAAGGGAACAAUCCUCGUUACAGCAGCGGUAAGGGAACAAUCCUCGUUACAGCAGCGGUAAGGGAACAAUCCUCGUUACAGCAGCGGUAAGGGAACAAUCCUCGUUACAGCAGCGGUAAGGGAACAAUCCUCGUUACAGCAGCGGUAAGGGAACAAUCCUCGUUACAGCAGCGGUAAGGGAACAAUCCUCGUUACAGCAGCGGUAAGGGAACAAUCCUCGUUACAGCAGCGGUAAGGGAACAAUCCUCGUUACAGCAGAGGUAAGAGAAAGUCUCAUUACUCUAGCUUUAUGUAAGAGCAAUUUUCUUUAAGAUGAAAUAAGUAGCAUUUGUUUUUUGCAUUUAAAAUCUGGUAUACAUAAUUUAAGUUUUCAGUAAUGUAAAUGUAAAUAAAAUUAAUAAAUUUAUGGUUUAACAGCUAGCUAUCAAAGGCUGUAAUGGUGGUUAGAAGUUACUGGUUUCUGUUCAGAAAAUAUAAAUAUUUUGUAAUAAGUAGUGGAAGGUAUGUAUAUUUUUUAGUGUAUUAUCUAGUCAUAUUGACUGUGUUUACAGAUGUUUGCUACAACCAGUGUUUUAAUUUAGUAAUGAACACCAACUUAUAAAGAAAGUGAGCACAGACUGCAUAAAUCAGUUUUUAGAACAAAAUCAGAAUUACAGUUACCAGUAUGCACAAUUUGCUAAUUAUAAAUGGAGCUCUAAACAUGUUGAAUACUAUUGAUAGGUUAAACAAAAAUUGUAUGUUACUAGACGAUAUUUUGUGCUGGCUCAAGUAUAAUACUGUUUAUAUCGGUUCCAAUUUUUUUAAAUUAUCGUCGUGCAUUUUUCUCUUUAAUUGUAUAUAAUGUACAUGCACAGGCCCUUGCUAAUCUUGGGGGAAUAUGUUUGCAAGACGACACCAAGUAGCUGGCUACCAAAUUCUGACACAGAUGGUUCAUGGAGUCACUUCAUGAGAGAGAAUGUUUUUACACUAUUUUGCUGUCCAAGAAUAAAAAAUCUCUGAAUAGUUAGGGUCUGUUGCAUUUUUUUGUUGUCAUGAAAGUACUGUACAGUAUUUUGGUGUUUUUAUUGCAUAAUGUGUGAAAAAUAGCAUUUUUGUUUACUUAUUAUUAAAUGGUGUUUUAUUUAUAUUCAGAACUAUUGAAAACAAUAUCUUUAUUUUAUUUUUUCUAAUUUUUUAAUGUUUUACAGUGUUCACUGAUGUUGGAUAAUGAAAUACCUGAAACAUUUGAAAAAUCACAUGUAAAUAAACAUGUUCUUCCGAG